AUGAUCCGAGCUGUUUACAUCUGGACGCUGCUGGCGUCAGUGCUGCUGUUUCUUACAACUUGUGCCACCGAGGAUUCCCAGUCUCGUCUGGCCGGUCUCUAUGUGAAGGAUGGCAACGAGAACGGACAGCUGCGUUUCCUUGCCGGCGGCCUGGGUGGUGUAGGUGGCCUCGGCAGCGGCAGCAAUGGACUUAAUUCAGCGCUCAAUCAGUACAUUACAAACCAACAAGACAUGCUGGAGCAGCUGCGUCCUUCGACUACGAAUGCUGCUGGCACAGGACUUGGCACUGGUUUGGGCACAGGUUUGGGCACUGGUUUGGGCACUGGUUUGGGCACAGGUUUGGGCACUGGCUUGGGCACAGGCACUAGUGUUGGCUCAAGCUCACCAACGGGCAAUGGCGCCAUAUAUGUGAAUGUGGGCAAUGGCAAUGCAGCAUCGGGAUCUGGUGUUAGCAACCAACAGGCUGCCAUCAAUCAGGCAAUCUAUGGCUCGUCGCCGAUCAACAGUCUGCUGACACAAACCAUUUCCCAGGGUCUCGCACAGCGCAUGGGUGCCGCAGGUGGCAAUCGCCGUCGAGUACAGCAGCGUCGGCGACGAAUCGGCGUCACCCAGACUAAAGGCAGACGCCGCCGCAGGGGCAACAAGAAAGGCAAGGGCGGCAAGGGCAAGCGGCCCCAAGUUGUCGUCGUGCGUCCCAAUCGCGGCUAA